AUGGCGGACGAGGUCUACGAUGGUGCCAUUGGCAUCGACUUGGGAACUACCUACUCCUGCGUUGCGACAUACGAGGGUACCAAUGUCGAGAUCAUUGCCAACGAGCAGGGUUCUUUCACCACCCCUUCUUUCGUCUCCUUCACCGACAAGGAGCGUCUGAUCGGUGAGGCCGCCAAGAACCAGGCUGCUAUGAACCCCAUCAACACCGUCUUCGAUGUCAAGCGUCUCAUCGGUCGCCGCUUCGAUGACCCCACCGUCAAGAAGGACAUGGAGUCCUGGCCCUUCAAGGUCGUUGACGACAACGGCAGCCCCAAGGUCUCCGUCGAGUACCUUGGCGAGACCAAGACCUUCUCCCCCCAGGAGAUCUCCUCCAUGGUUCUCCUCAAGAUGAAGGAGAUCGCCGAGACCAAGAUCGGCAAGAAGGUUGAGAAGGCCGUCAUUACCGUCCCUGCCUACUUCAACGACAACCAGCGUCAGGCUACCAAGGACGCCGGUGCCAUCGCUGGCCUGAACGUCCUCCGUAUCAUCAACGAGCCCACCGCCGCCGCCAUUGCCUACGGUCUUGGUGCUGGCAAGUCCGGCAAGGAGCGCAACGUCCUCAUCUACGACUUGGGUGGUGGUACUUUCGAUGUCUCCCUCCUGAACAUCCAGGGCGGUGUCUUCACCGUCAAGGCUACCGCCGGUGACACCCACUUGGGUGGCCAGGACUUCGACACCAACCUCCUGGAGCACUGCAAGAAGGACUUCCAGCGCAAGACCAAGAAGGACCUCUCUGGCGACCCGCGUGCCCUCCGUCGUCUCCGUACUGCCUGCGAGCGUGCCAAGCGUACCCUUUCUUCCGGUGCCCAGACCACCAUCGAGAUCGACUCUCUCUUCGAUGGCGAGGACUUCACCACCCAGAUUACCCGUGCUCGUUUCGAGGAGCUGAACGCCAAGGCCUUCAACGGCACCAUUGAGCCUGUUGCCCAGGUUCUCAAGGAUGCCUCCAUUGAGAAGUCCGCUGUUGACGAGAUCGUCCUCGUUGGUGGUUCCACCCGUAUCCCCCGCAUCCAGAAGCUUCUGUCCGAGUUCUUCGACGGCAAGAAGCUCGAGAAGAGCAUCAACCCCGACGAGGCCGUCGCCUACGGUGCCGCCGUCCAGGCCGGUAUCCUCUCCGGAAAGGCCACCUCCGCCGAGACCGCCGACCUUCUCCUGCUCGACGUUGUUCCCCUGUCCCUUGGUGUCGCCAUGGAGGGUAACAUCUUCGCUCCCGUCGUUCCUCGCGGAAAUACCGUGCCUACCAUAAAAAAGCGCACCUUCACCACUGUUGCCGACAACCAGCAGACCGUUCAGUUCCCCGUUUACCAGGGUGAGCGUGUCAACUGCGAGGACAACACCUCCCUGGGUGAAUUCACCCUUGCUCCUAUCCCUCCCAUGAGGGCUGGUGAGGCCGUCCUUGAGGUCGUCUUCGAGGUCGACGUCAACGGUAUCCUCAAGGUCACCGCCACUGAGAAGACCUCCGGCCGCAGCGCCAACAUCACCAUCUCCAACUCCGUUGGCAAGCUCUCUUCCCACGAGAUCGAGAACAUGAUCAGCGACGCCGAGAAGUUCAAGACCAACGACGAGGCCUUCAGCAAGCGCUUCGAGGCCAAGCAGCAGCUUGAGUCCUACAUUGGCCGUGUUGAGGAGAUCAUCUCCGACCCCACCCUGUCCCUCAAGCUCAAGCGCGGCCAGAAGGACAAGAUCGAGCAGCAGGUCUCCGAGGCCAUGGCCGCUCUUGAGAUCACCGACUCCUCCGCCGAGGACCUCAAGAAGAACGAGCUCGCCCUCAAGCGCCUCGUGACCAAGGCUAUGUCCUCCCGCUAA